CCUCUGCAGUUUCCGUCCACUCACUAGGAGGCGCUGCGGCAGCGACGGCGGCGGCCGGGGCUGUCGCGGGCUGGGGCGUUUGGGCUGGUAGCUGAGGCUCGUGGCCAUGGAGUGGGGUUCCGAGUCGGCUGCUGUGAGGCGGCACCGCGUCGGAGGAGAGCGUCGGGAGGGAGCGGCGGCCGCGCCACCGCCGGAGAGGGAGGCCCGAGCACAGGAGCCUCUGGUGGAUGGGUGCAGCGGCGGCGGGAGGACGCGGAAGAGGAGCCCCGGGGGUAGCGGCGGCGCGAGCAGGGGCGCGGGGACCGGGCUGUCUGAGGUGCGCGCCGCGCUGGGGCUCGCGCUCUACCUGAUCGCGCUGCGGACGCUGGUGCAGCUCUCGCUGCAGCAGCUCGUGCUACGCGGGGCCGCUGGACACCGCGGGGAGUUCGACGCGCUCCAAGCCAGGGAUUAUCUUGAACACAUAACCUCCAUUGGCCCCAGGACUACAGGAAGUCCAGAAAAUGAAAUUCUGACCGUGCACUACCUUUUGGAACAGAUUAAACUGAUUGAAGUGCAAAGCAACAGCCUUCAUAAGAUUUCAGUAGAUGUACAACGGCCCACAGGCUCUUUUAGCAUUGAUUUCUUGGGAGGUUUUACAAGCUAUUAUGACAACAUCACCAAUGUUGUGGUAAAGCUGGAACCCAGAGAUGGAGCCCAGCAUGCUGUCUUGGCUAAUUGUCAUUUUGACUCAGUAGCAAACUCACCAGGUGCCAGUGAUGAUGCAGUUAGCUGCUCAGUGAUGCUGGAAGUCCUUCGCGUCUUGUCAACGUCUUCAGAAGCCUUGCAUCAUGCUGUCAUAUUUCUCUUUAAUGGUGCUGAGGAAAAUGUCUUGCAAGCCAGUCAUGGUUUCAUUACUCAGCACCCCUGGGCUAGCUUGAUUCGUGCAUUCAUUAACCUAGAGGCAGCAGGUGUAGGAGGGAAAGAACUUGUAUUCCAAACAGGUCCUGAAAAUCCUUGGUUGGUUCAAGCUUAUGUUUCAGCAGCUAAACACCCUUUUGCUUCUGUGGUGGCUCAGGAGGUUUUUCAGAGUGGAAUCAUUCCUUCAGAUACUGACUUUCGUAUCUACAGGGAUUUUGGGAACAUUCCAGGAAUAGACUUAGCUUUUAUUGAGAAUGGAUACAUUUAUCACACCAAGUAUGACACAGCGGACAGAAUUCUAACAGAUUCCAUUCAGAGAGCAGGUGACAACAUUUUAGCAGUUCUUAAGCAUCUAGCUACAUCUGAUAUGCUGGCUGCUGCUUCUAAGUAUCGACAUGGAAACAUGGUCUUCUUUGAUGUGCUGGGCCUGUUUGUCAUUGCCUACCCCUCUCGUAUUGGCUCAAUCAUAAACUACAUGGUGGUAAUGGGUGUUGUUUUGUACCUGGGCAAAAAAUUUUUGCAGCCCAAACAUAAGACUGGUAACUACAAGAAGGACUUCUUGUGUGGACUUGGCAUCACUCUGAUCAGCUGGUUCACUAGCCUUGUUACCGUUCUCAUUAUAGCAGUGUUCAUCUCUCUUAUUGGACAGUCUCUCUCAUGGUAUAACCACUUCUAUGUCUCCGUUUGUCUGUAUGGAACUGCAACUGUAGCCAAAAUAAUACUUAUACAUACUCUUGCGAAAAGAUUUUAUUACAUGAAUGCCAGUGACCAGUAUCUGGGAGAAGUAUUUUUUGACAUUUCGCUGUUUGUCCAUUGCUGUUUUCUUGUUACCCUCACUUACCAAGGACUUUGCUCGGCGUUUAUUAGUGCUGUCUGGGUAGCAUUCCCAUUGCUCACAAAGCUCUGUGUGCAUAAGGACUUCAAGCAGCAUGGUGCCCAAGGAAAAUUUAUUGCUUUUUACCUUUUGGGGAUGUUUAUUCCUUAUCUUUAUGCAUUGUACCUCAUCUGGGCAGUAUUUGAGAUGUUUACCCCUAUCCUCGGGAGAAGUGGUUCGGAAAUCCCACCUGAUGUUGUGCUGGCAUCCAUUUUGGCUGGUUGUACAAUGAUUCUCUCUUCGUAUUUUAUUAACUUCAUCUACCUUGCCAAGAGCACAAAAAAAACCAUGCUAACUUUAACUUUGGUAUGUGCAAUUACAUUCCUCCUUGUUUGCAGUGGAACAUUUUUUCCAUAUAGCUCCAAUCCUGCUAAUCCGAAGCCAAAGAGAGUGUUUCUUCAGCAUAUGACUAGAACAUUCCAUGACUUGGAAGGAAAUGCAGUUAAACGGGACUCUGGAAUAUGGAUCAAUGGGUUUGAUUAUACUGGAAUUUCUCACAUAACCCCUCACAUUCCUGAGAUCAAUGAUAGUAUCCGAGCUCACUGUGAGGAGAAUGCACCUCUUUGUGGUUUUCCUUGGUAUCUUCCAGUGCACUUUCUGAUCAGGAAAAACUGGUAUCUUCCUGCCCCAGAAGUUUCUCCAAGAAAUCCUCCUCAUUUCCGACUCAUAUCCAAAGAACAGACACCUUGGGAUUCUCUAAAAUUGACUUUCGAAGCAACAGGACCAAGCCAUAUGUCCUUCUAUGUUCGAGCCCACAAAGGGUCAACACUUUCUCAGUGGUCUCUUGGCAAUGGCACCCCAGUCACAAGUAAAGGAGGAGACUACUUUGUCUUUUACUCCCAUGGACUGCAGGCCUCUGCAUGGCAGUUCUGGAUAGAAGUGCAGGUUUCAGAAGAACAUCCUGAAGGAGUGGUCACCGUGGCCAUUGCUGCCCACUAUCUAUCUGGUGAAGACAAGAGAUCCCCUCAACUGGAUGCUCUGAAGGAAAAGUUCCCAGAUUGGACAUUUCCCUCUGCCUGGGUGUGCACCUACGAUCUCUUUGUAUUUUAAUCUUGUGGAUGAGCUCUAAGUACAUGCCCAGUGGAUACUCCAUGUGACUCUAAGUACAUGCCCAGUGGAUACUCCAUGUGACAUGGUUUCUCCCUAUGUUACGUGGAUGUUUGUAACGUAAGUCAAUGAAUUUUAAUGAUCGUAUGUUCAAAGAGCUUUCUGGGUUAACACUUUUCAGGGCCAAGCACUAUAAGGGUUUAGCUGUGGCGCAGUGAUGCAUGGCCUGUUGACACUUGAAAAUGCCAGUCUUUUGGCACUUAAGCACAUGUGGGUACUGCCACCACACACACGUCAUUUUAUAUGACCUUAAGGACAAAAGCCAACAAACCACUUCAAUAGCUGCCCCUUUAGGAUCAAGAAAGAUGUACACUGUCAGACCAUUGUUAAUGAGACAAAAGUUGUUUCCAAUUUAAGCCCCAAAACCAUUUGUUGUAUUAGUGAAUGGUGGGUAAAAUAUCAUUCACUGAGGUAAUGAUUCCCCUUGAGAAUAUAACUCUGUGUAGGUCACUGGAAAGUGAUUGCCAUAGGGCUGGGAGAGAAGCAUUGCACUCUUGAGGCUGUAGCCUGUGUCAAGCUGUUUCUUCAGGCAGCCUCUCAAAUGUGCUUUGUCUCUCUGUGCUGAGGCCUGGACCCUGUGCUGAGCUGGUGACUCACUGUCCUGACAAGUGGACACACAGAUGCACUGCUGUGCUGCUUUCCUGAGGUGGUUUUCUAUGCCUGUUUUCCUCUGAAACAUGUCUGUUACCCCUCUCCAUCUUACCAAGUUGAAAAGGGGAAUAUUUGGCCACAUACCCCUCUGGUUUUCGUAGGUUCUUUUGGUUCAGAAUAUUGUUUGUGCCAGUACAUGACCUUAACUUCCUUCCUCAGAGCACUGAGCUGCCAUCUGGGCUAUUCUGGGGUAGAAGGAAGGCUGGGAGUGGUGGGCAUUUUAUAAAUAUUUAUUCUCUUUUCUUUGUUUCAUAGGAGUCUUGUGUUAUACAAGGUUAAUCCUUCAUGGUAUAAUCUUAUUGAUGCACUGGGCCUAUCUUUUUGUUUUCCAGCCAGUUGAAUAGAUUAGUUUUUCUCAGUAACUUACUAUCCAGCAGACUGGCUUUCCUGAGACUUGAGGUUGUGGCUUAUACUGGAAUGAGACCACUGUACGUGUAGGUGGUUCAGAUCCUGCGUAAUGGCAGCGUGAGGACUUAAAAGGUGGUUUUCAUUUUGAAGAUGGCUAUGUAGCUUGUAAGGUGUAUCACAGCAGUACCUCUCAUGGCUUUUUGGUUCCAGCAGUGAGGGCGUUGGUGAGAUCAAUGGUAAACUGUGCAAGCUUUCUUUUUAUCAUUAGGAAAUGUGAAACGUUGGACAAAUUUUGAGUUUUAACAAGGACAAAAAGUUGAAAGAAAAGGCACAGUUAACAAAAAAGGGUGGCUAGAUUUAUCUUGGGUGAUGGAGGAAAUGAGAGAGGAAUGCUCUUGAAAGGUGGUCUGUGGAUCUGUCUGAAUAGAAAGAGCACAGUAAGUGUGCAUUGCCAGAGAAAACGUCCUUGAAGCUGCUUGUCUCAUGUGUAUGAUGUGCUUUUUAAAUCAUGCUCCUCAUUGCCUGCCUAAUCUGUGACUCCCUAAAAACUAACUGGGCCCCUGUAGAUAGGGCUGCAACCAGAGCUGAAUAACAUGUUAGGCUAACACAUGCAUCAGCACUGCACACUGGAAUCAUUGCUCUUCCUGGACUUUGUAGAAAUCAGUCUCAAGUGCUUCAAGAGUCUGGCUCCUGCUACUUUUAUCUGUCAGGUAGCACAUAAGGUUUGCAGGGUUUAUAUUUUGUAUAGAAUCACAGUUGUGGAGAAAAAGUAAUAAUUUCUCAAUGAAUUUUAAAAAUGGGCCUAUUUUCUAUCCCCGUGGUUAAUCUGAUAUAAUUAGUGUUCCCUGUGAAUUCCCCCCCUCUUUGGGAAGGAUGCCUUUACUCUUUUAUCAGUAAUAAAUUAUGACUGUUUUCAUAUUGCCUUAGGGUUAUUUCCCUGUGUAAACCAUUGUCUUUUGUUUUGGUUUUCUUUAGCAUUAUGAAGCUUUGGUAUUGUACAAGGUCAGUAAUAAGAUGCUCACUAGUCUCAGGGCUUGUGUAAUAUUCUGGGAGGUCAUUUAAAUGCCAGAAAUGGUCAAUCAAUUAUACACAGUAUUUAUGACUCUGUUAAGCACACCGUUUGUCACAUUAGUAGAUUCUGAGAUUAAAAAAAAUUUUUAAAGAGUGAUCAUUUAAAUAAUUUCUAAAAGGGUCUUUUCAAGCGCUAACAAAGUCACUAACAAAUGCAUUAUUUUCUACAGAAUUAGAUGUUAGUAGUACAAUACUGCAUAUUCAGGGAAAAAGUGUGAAGAAUUGAUUUCAAAAUAGUUCGUUCUUGUGUUUGACCUAAGAAUGAUUGUUGCAUUAAGUGUUUGUUUUUACAGUUUAGCAUAUAUAAACAAACAUGAUAGGAUUCCUUAAGAUGUUACCACCCAGGGGGCCACAAGCCAGCCUGCUGUCUCAGGAAGCUGUAGAAGGAGUGUUUGUCAAUUUCUUGUCACUGGUUUGCUGACUUACUGAGGAUUAAUUGUUGCCUUACAGUGUUACUGAAAUAAACUUUAAUAUACUGGUUGGUAUCUUUUUAACUGAAAAACAGAUCUGUGUUCUUCUGUAUCCCCAUAUUUUCAAGGGUUAUUCCAUGUCCACAGAGCCUUUUUAAUUGCUGUUAAAAGACCUAGAUGGCUCAUGGGAGCAAAGAACUCAACAUGGAAAUGUUUACUUCAGUUAGAAUCCUUUAUCUUAGAAUGAAAUGGUACUUCUGAAUUUCACAGAAAUUAUUAGGUAAAUGUUGAGCUUCACCUAUGUAGGAGUUUUAAAUCAUCCCCAUUAGCAAAAAAAUAGCAAAGGGUGAAGGGCGUUCUUUUAUUUGGGAGUAAGGGUAGGAGGGAGGGAAGAAGUUGCCUUUCAGCCAGAGUGACUCAUUGCUUAUUCUAAUCUCCACAGAAUGAAAGGGCACCACCACUCACCAACAUAGAGCAUGAACUUUGAGUUCAAAGAUCUCUGUGCAAGUUAUUAUUUAAGCUUUGAGUGAAUUCUCUCAGAACAGUUCAAUACAAGGUGAAGCAGCUGAACAACUUCUAACCUAAUACUCCUCUUCUUCUUUUAGGGCCAAUAAAGUCAAGAUGCAGUUAUGGCUAUUUACAUUUGUUUUUAGCCAAGAUGCAGUUACGACUAUUUUUAAAUUUUUUAAAAUUAUACUUUAAGUUCUGGGGUACAUGUGUGGAAUGUACAGGUUUGUUACAUAUGUAUACAUGUGCCAUGGCAGUUUGCUGCACCCAUCAACCUGUCAUCUACAUUAGGUAUUUCUCCUAAUGCUGUCCCUCCCCUAGCCCCCCACCCUCUGACAGGCCCUGGUGUGUGACGUUCCCCUCCCUGUGUCCAUGUGUUCUCAUUGUUCAACUCCCACUUAUGAGUGAGAACAUGCGGUGUUUGGCUUUCUGUUCUUGUGUUAGUUUGCUGAGAAUUAUGGCUUCCAGCUUCAUCCAUGUCCCUGCAAAGGACAUGAACUCAACCACUCAACCAUUUUUAGGGCUGCAUAGUAUUCCAUGGUGUAUAUGUGCCACAUUUUCUUUAUCCAGUCUAUCAUUGAUGGGCAUUUGGGUUGGUUCUGAGUCUUUGCUAUUGUGAACAGUGCUGCAGUAAACAUACGUGUGCAUGUGUCUUUAUAGUGGAAUGAUUUAUAGUCCUUUGGGUAUAUACCCAGUAAUGGGAUGGCUGGGUCAAAUGAUAUUUCUAGUUCUAGAUCCUUGAGGAAUCGUCACACUGUCUUCCACAAUGGUUGGACUAAUUUACACUCCCACCAACAAUGUAAAAGAGUUCCUAUUUCUCCACAUCCUCUCUAGCAUCUGUUGUUUCCUGAUUUUUUAAUGAUUGCCAUUCUAACUGGCGUGACAUGAUAUCGCAUGGUAGUUUUGAUUUGCAUUUCUCUGACCAGUGAUGAUGAGCUUUUUUUUCAUAUGUUUGUUGGCUGCAUAAAUGUCUUCUUUUGAGAAGUGUCUGUUCAUACCCUUUGCCCACUUUUUGAUGUUUUUUUUUUCUUGUAAGUUUAAGUUCUUUGUAGAUUCUGGUAUUAGCCCUUUGUCAGAUGGAUAGAUUGCAAAAAUUUUCUCCCAUUCUGUAAGUUGCCCGUUCACUCUGAUGUUAGUUUCUUUUGCGGUGCAGAAGCUCUUUAAUUAGAUCCCAUUUGUCUAUUUUGGCUUCUGUUGCCAUUGCUUUUGGUGUUUUAGUCAUGAAGUCUUUGCCCAUGCCUGUGUCCUGAAUGGUAUUGCCUAGGUUUUCUUCUAGGGUUUUUAUGUCUUACGUUGAAGUCUUUAAUCCAUCUUGAGUUAAUUUUUGUAUAAGGUGUAAGGAAGGGAUCCAGUUUCAGCUUUCUACAUAUGGCUAGCUAGUUUUCCCAACACCAUUUAUUAAAUAGGGAAUCCCUUCCCCAUUGCUUGUUUUUGUCAGGUUUGUCAAAGAUCAGAUGGUUGUAGAUGUGUGGUAUUAUUUCUGAGGUCUCUGUUCUGUUUCACUGGUCUAUAUAUCUUGUUUUGGUACCAGUUCCAUGCUGUUUUUGUUACUGUGGCCUUGUAGUAUAGUUUGAAGUCAGGUAGUGUGAUGCCUCCAGCACUGUUCUUUUUGCUUAGGAUUGUCUUGGCUAUGUGGGCUCUUUUUUGGUUCCAUAUGAACUUUAAAGUAGUUAUUCAAUUCUGUGAAGAAAGUCAAUGGUAGCUUGUUGGGGAUAGCACUGAAUUUGUAAAUUACUUUGGGCAGUAUGGCCAUUUUCACAAUAUUGAUUCUUCCUAUCCAUGAGCAUAGAAUGUUCUUCCAUUUGUGUGUGUCCUUUCUUAUUUCACUGAACAGUGGUUUGUAGUUCUCCUAGAAGAGGUCCUUCACAUCCUCUGUAAGUUGUAUUCCUAGGUAUUUUAUUGUCUUUGCAGCAGUUGUGAAUGGGAGUUCACUCAUGAUUUGGCUCUCUGUCUGUUAUUGGUGUAGAGGAAUGCUUGUGAUUUUUGCACAUUGACUUUGUAUCCUGAGACUUUGCUGAAGUUGCUUAUCAGCUUAAGGAGACUUUGGGCUGAGACUAUGGGGUUUUCUAAAUAUACAAUCAUGUUGAUCUAAUAUUGACAGUGGGGUGUUAAAGUCUCCCACCAUUAUUGUGUGGGAAUCUAAGUCUCUUUGUAGGUCUCUAAGAACUUUAUAAAUCUGGGUGCUCCUGUAUUGGGUACAUAUAUAUUUAAGAUAGUUAGCUCUUCUUGUUGCAUUGAUCCCUUUACCAUUAUGUAAUGGCCUUCUUUGUCCCUCUUGAUCUUUGUUGGUUUAAAGUCUGUUUUAUCAGAAACUAGGAUUGCAACCCCUGCUUUUAUUUUUGCUUUUCAUUUGCUUGGUAAAUAUUCCUCCAUCCCUUUAUUUUGAGCAUGUGUGUGUCUUUGCAUGUGAGAUGCAUCUCCUGAAUACACCACACUGAUGGGUCUUGACUCUUUGUCCAGUUAUGUCUUUUAAUUGGGGCAUUUAGCGCAUUUAUAUUUAAGGUUAAUGUUGUUAUGUGUGAAUUUGAUCCUGCCAUUAUGAUGCUGGCUGGUUAUUUUGCCUGUUAGUUGAUGCAGUUUCUUCAUACCGUCGAUGGCCUUUACAAUUUGGUAUGUUUUUGCAAUGGCUGGUACUGGUUGUUCAUUUCCAUGUUUAGUGCUUCCUUCAGGAACUCUUGUAAGGCAGGCCUGGUGGUGACAAACAUCUCAGCAUUUGCUUGUCUGUAAAGGACUUUAUUUCUCCUUUGCUUAUGAAGCUCGGUUUGGCUGGAUAUGAAAUUCUGGGUUGAAAAUUCUUUAAGAAUGUUGAAUAUGGGCCCCCACUCUCUUCUGGCUUGUAGACUUUCUGCUGAGAGAUCCACUGUUAGUCUGAUGGGCUUCCCUUUGUGGGUAACCUGACCUCUCUCUCUGGCUGCCCCUAGUAUUUUUUCCUUCAUUUCAACCUUGGUGAAUCUCAUGAUUCUGUCUUGGGGUUGCUCUUCUCGAGGAGUAUCUUUGUGGCGUUCUCUGUAUUUCCUGAAUUGAAUGUUGGCCUGACUUGCUAGGUUGGGGAAGUUCUCCUAAAUAAUAUCCUGAAGAGUGUUUUCCAACUUGGUUCCAUUGUCCCUGUUGCUUUCAGGUACACCAAUCAAAUGUAGAUUUGGCCUUUUCACGUAGUCCCAUAUUUCUUGGAGGCUUUGUUUGUUUCUUUUCACUCUUUUUUUCUCUAAUCUUGUCUUCUUGCUUUAUUUCAUUGAGUUGAUCUUCAGUCUCUGAUAUCCUUUCUUCCACUUGAUCAAUUCGGCUGUUGAUACCUGUGUAUGCUUUAUGAAGUUCUCGUGCUGUUGUUUUCAGCUCUAUCAACCAGGUCAUUUAUAUUCUUCUGUAAACUAGUUAUUCUAGUUAGCAAUUUGUCUAACCUUUUUUCAAGGUUCUUAGCUUCCUUCCAUUGGGUUAGAACAUACACUCCUUUAGCUUGGAGGAGGAGUUUGUUAUUACCCACCUUCUGAAGCUUACUUCUGUCAAUUCAUCAAACUCAUUCUCUGUCCAGUUCUGUUCCCUUGCUGGCAAGGAGUUGUGAUCCUUUGGAGGAGAAGAGGUGAUCUGCUUUUUGGAAUUUUCAGCCUUUUUGUGCUGUUUUCUCCUCAUCUUCAUGGAUUUAUCUACCUUUGAAGUUGGUGACCUUCAGCUGGGAUCUCUUGAGUGGACAUCCUUUUUGUUGAUGUUGAUAGUAUUCCUUUCUGUUUGGUGGUUUUCCUUCUUACAUUCAGGCCCUCUGCUGCAGGUUGGCUGGAGUUGACUUGAGGUCCAGUCCAGACCCUGUUUGCCUGGGUAUCACUGGUGAAGGCUGCAGAACAGCAAAGAUUGCUGCCUGUUCCUUCCUCUGGAAGCUUCGUCCUACAGGGGUACCUGCCAGAUGCUAGCUAGAGCUCUCCUGUAUGAGGUGUCUGUUGGCACCUACUGGGAGGACCCACUUGAGGAGUUAAUCUGUCCUUUAUCAGAGCUCAAAUGCUGUGCUGGGAGAUCCGCUGCUCUCUUCAGAGCUGCCAGGCAGGGACGUUUAAAUAAGUCCGCUGAAGCUGCGCCCACAACUGCCCUUUGUCCAAAGUGCUCUGUCCCAGGGAGGUGGGGGUUUUAUCUGUUCGUCCCUGACUGGGGCUGCUGCCUUUUUUUCAGAGUUGCCCUGCCUAGAGAGGAGGGAAUCUAGAGAGGCAGUCUGGCUGCAGUUGCCUUGCUGAACUGCAGGGGGCUCCACCCAUUUUGAACUUCCCAGUGACUUUGUUUACACUGUGAGGGUAAAACUGCCUACUCAAGCCUCAGCAAUGGUGGACGCCCCUCCCCCCAUGUUGGAGCAUCCCAGGUCAAACUCAGACUGCUGUGCCAGCAGCAAGAAUUUCAAGCCAGUGGAUCUUAGCUUGCUGGGCUCUGUGGGGGUGGGACCCACCGAACCAGACCACUUGGCUCCCUAGCUUCAGCCCCCUUUCCAGGGGAGUGAAUGGUUCUGACUGGUGUUUCAGGUGCCACUGGGGUAUGAAAAAAAACCUGCGGCUAGCUUUGUGUCUGCCCAGAACAGCCAUCCAGUUUUGUACUGGAAACCCAGGGCCCUGGUGGCGUGGGCACUGGAGGGAAUCUCCUGGUCUGCGGGUUGCAAAGACUGUGGGAAAAGCACAGUAUCUGGGCUGGAUUGCAAGAUACAGUCCCUAACAGUACCUAAUGGCUUCCCUUGGCUGGGAGGAGGAGUUCCCCAACCCCUUGUGCUUCCCAGGUGAGGCAACGAACUACCCUGGCUUUGGCUUACCCUCACAGGGCUGCACCCACUGUCCAACCAGUCCCAGUGAGAUGAACCAGGUACCUCAGCUGGAAAUGCAGAAAUCACCCACCUUCUGUGUCGAUCUUGCUGGGAGCUGCAGACCAGAGCUGUUCCUAUUCAGCCAUCUUGCCAGCAAUCCCAGUUGCUACGGCUCUUAAUGUCUGUUUUUAGUUGAAAUACGUAGGGAUUUUUGGAGUGUAUCUGUAUUUUUUGACACUUCUACUUCCAUAUUUGACUUGUAAAAACAUAACAUGUUGGUAAUAAUUUCUUUUUUCUCCAAUUUGGCUCUACAGCAUGACCAAAUGGAAUUUAUGCCAGGAAUGCAAGGUUGGUUUAACAGAAAGUUGGCCAGGUGCGGUGGCACAUGCUUAAUUUCAGCACUUUGGGAGGCCGAGGUGGGUGGAUUGCUUAAGCCCAGGAGUUUGAGACUGGCCUGGACAACAUGGCAAAACCCUGACUCUACUAAAAACACAAAAUUUAGCAGGGCAUGGUGGUGUGUGCUUGUGGGCCCAACUACUAUAGAAACUGAGGUAGGAGGAUGGCUUGAGCUCAGGAGGUUGAGGCUGCAGCAAGCCAUGACUGCGCCACUUCCUUCCAGCAUGGGUGACAGAGCAAAAUUCUGUCUUAAAACAAAAACAUUUGAAAAUCAGUGUAAUGUACCAUAUUUAUUAAUAGAAUAAAGGACAAAAACCACGUGACUACUUCAA